AUGGAGCUCCUGACUCUGCUCCUCGGACUCCUGGUCUCCGCCGUCCUCUGUUUCUAUGCCUGGAGCAGCAUGUACCGGCCACAGAACCUGCCCCCCGGACCCAUCCCGCUGCCCGUCCUGGGGAACCUACUCCAGCUGAAGACGGGGCAGAUGGUGGACUCCCUCCAGCAGAUGCAUCAGAAGUAUGGCGAUGUGUACACGCUGUACCUGGGCCCCCGGAGAGUGGUGGUUCUGUGUGGGUACGAGGCCGUUAAGGAAGCUCUGGUGGACCAAGGAGAGGAUUUUGGGAUCAGGGGUCUCUUGCCGGUCGUUGACUUAUAUUUUCAAGGACAUGGGGUGGUGUUCAGUAAUGGAGAUCGCUGGAAACAGAUGCGUCGCUUCUCGAUCAUGACCCUCAGGAGCUUCGGGAUGGGCAAACGGAGCAUCGAGGAGAAGAUCAAGGAGGAAGCUCAAUGCCUCGUGGAGGAGUUUAGAAAAACCAACGGAGCACCUUUUAGUCCGGUUUUUCAUUUCAGCCAAGUGGCCGCCAACAUUAUAUGCUCGGUCAUUUUUGGCAACCGAUACGGCUACGACGACGCCGAUUUCCGAAGGCUCAUGCAGAUCAUCGAUGAUAUUUUUCGCUCUAUGUCAUCCUUCUGGGGUCAGCUCUUUGAUAUAUUUGAUAUAGUGAUGAAACAUUUGCCGGGCCCUCACCACAGAACGCGCCGGUUCCUCCAUGAAUUGGAAGAGUUUGUCAAGGAGAGGAUCGAGGCCGACAAGAAGACUUUGAACCUUGACAGCCCCAGGCACAUGAUAGACAGCUUCCUGAUCAGGAUGGAAGAGGAGAAGAACAAUCCGUCGACGCAUUUCACCCUCAAGAACCUCUUGAAGAACACGGUGGUCAUGUUCAUCGCCGGCACGGAGGGCACCAGCAUCACGCUGAGGCACGCGUUCCUACUGUUACUGAAACACCCCGAAGUUAAACGUAAAGUCCAGGAGGAGAUUGACCGUGUCAUUGGCCAACAUCGGGUCCCGGAGCCUGAAGAUCGCUCUUCCAUGCCGUACACCCAAGCGGUCAUCCAUGAAAUCCAGCGCUUUGCCAACGUGCUGCCCAUGAACCUGCCCCACGCCACGACAAACGACACCGAGUACCGCGGCUUCACCAUUCCCAAGGGUACAGACGUCUUCCCGGUCCUGACCUCGAUUCUGAACGACUCGAAGUAUUUCCCGGAUCCGUACACCUUUGACCCAAAUCGAUUCUUGGAUGAGAACGGAAGUUUCAAGAAGAAUGAGGCGUUUAUGGUUUUCUCAGCAGGGAUCCGAGUUUGCCCCGGAGAGGGUCUUGCUCGCCUGGAGGUUUUCCUCUUCGUAAUAACCCUUCUCCAACAUUUCGACAUCACCUCGCCCGUGGCCCCCGAGGACUUGGACAUCUCGCCCCAGAUGGUUGGCUUCUCCAACGUGCCGCCGCUGUACGAGAUUAGCUUCAUCCCGCGUUAAAUCGCA